UUUUAUCACAAAAAAUGAAUUAAAAGAAUAGAGAAACACCAUCAUUUUUGAAUAAAUAUUUACAAAAAGAGAAAAACCCUAAGAGACCUUUUGAAUUCUAAGUGAAAUAAUAAGAAAAAUAAGAUAUUUAUGGAGGAAUAAGAAAAACUAUUGAAUAAAAUUUUAAAAGUUUAGGUGAUGAAUAACCAAAAAAAAAUAUGAUUUUACCAAAUUAUGAACCAUCAAAGUGUUCAUCUGGUAGGAAUGGUAUAAUAAAAGCAUAUGCUGCAAAUACAAAUUAAGGACUAAUAAGAGAUUACAAUGAAGAUAGAGUUUCAAUAAUUUUGAAUAUAGUGAAACCAUAAAAUAGAUAAGAUGAAAAUUGGCCUAAAUGUUCAUUUUUUGGUGUUUAUGAUGGACAUGGAGGGUCAACUUGUGCUGAUUUUUUGAGGGAUAAUUUGCAUCAAUUUGUAAUAAAAGAAAAUGAAUUUCCAUGGAAUCCAGUAGCAGCAUUAAAAAAAGGAUUUGAAGAAGCUGAGACUCAUUUUUUGGCUUAUGCAUUGGAUUAAUAUUAGAAAGGUAAACCAGAAAGAAGUGGAUCAUGUGCAAUAGUCUGCUUAGUUGUAGGGGAAAUUUGUUAUGUUGCAAAUGUAGGAGAUAGUAGGGCAGUAUUAAGUUCUUAGGGAGGAAAGAUAGUAACAAAUUUAUCAAUCGAUCAUAAACCUGAGGCAGAAAAAUUAAGAAUAUAAAAAGGAGGUGGAAAGAUAUAUUAAACUCAUGGGUUAAAUGAAGAUGGAUAAGAAAUAGUUGGACCCAUUAGAGUUAUGCCAGGAAGAUUAUCAGUAUCACGUACUUUUGGAGAUAUUGAAGCUAAGUUAUAACAAUUUGGAGGUAAUUCAAAAGUUGUAAUAUCAGAACCUGAAAUCAAAAUCUUUAAACUAAAUCAGGAUCAUGAUUUUAUAGUAAUGGGAUGUAAAUAUAACAUAUUGAAAUUUAGCUGAUGGUAUUUUUGAUAAAUUAAAUUCAGAAGAUGUUACUGAUAUAAUAUGGAAAGAUUUAAAAAAUAAUGACAAAUUAAAUUUACAUUCUCUUUUGAGUUAAUCUGUGGAUUCAGUAUUAAAAGAAGCUAUCUAUAAAAAGAGUAGUGAUAAUAUAACUCUAUUAAUAAUUGCAUUUCAAAUUAACAAGUCUAAAGAAGAACUCUAAGAAUUCAGACAUACUAUAAGUAAUUCUGUAGAUAAAAUUGAUGAUCAUUUUCAGGUCAAUAAUAGACCAAGAUUAAGGUAUAGAUCGAAACUUAUUGAUUUAGUUAACAGAUGUAAAGGAGAAAUGAUGAGAAUUUCUCUUUUUUUAAUCAUCAACGUUUGAAUAAACAAAAUACUGCUUUGCUUAAUAAUAAUAAAUUAAAUUCGUCAAUAAAUUUGUAAAGUAGAUUAUUCAGAUAAUUACAAUCAAAAAAGAAUAUCUAAGAAGAUAUAACAAAUAAAACUAAUAAACAUAGUUAUAUUCUUUGA